UUUAGUUGAAAUUGACAUGCCCUAAGAUUUGUCAUUACUUGUUUUUUGCAGAAGCUUGAACCUCUGAAGAUUCGGUAUCACGGGGUCUCUGGUCCUGCCAUGCCUUACGAUGAGUGGUACACACCGUACAUCAAGCAGGCAGGACUACUCCCGUGGAUUCAGUUGGUCAGCCGGUCGACGCCGAAUCUGAACGCUCCACUGGUGUCCGCUCUUGCUGAUCGGUGGAGGCCGGAGACGCACAGUUUCCAUCUUCAGACUGGGGAGAUGACCGCGACGCUCGAGGAUGUCUCGUUGAUCACCGGUCUUGCUAUCGACGGGAUGCCUCUCUGUAUGAGCACCGAUUCUGAUGGGUGGCGCGAGCAGAUGAUUGCUCUUAUCGGUAUGGCUCCUACCGAGGCUGAGGCUGAUGUAGAGGAGGGAGAAGAGCCGAAGAAGAAGGAAAGGAAAGCAGCCGGAGCUGCUUUCACGUGGAUUCAAGCAAACUUUGCGCAUUGCCCUGCGGAUGCCACUGAUGAUGUGAUACAGACACAUGCUCGUGUCUAUAUGUGGCACGUUGUCUCGAGGACUUUGUUUCCUGACUCCACGGGCAAGAACGCUCCAUGGAUGUGGCUGAAGGCGUUGACCGUCUUCGAUAGCAAAUGGAGCUGGGGUUCAGCGACUCUUGCGUACUUGUACCGACAGCUGGACGAUGCGUGUUGCAGGAUCACAGAUAGGGCAGGCAUUGAUGGUAAUAUGCUUCUACUUUCUGUAUGGAGCUGGGAGCGUCUGCCUGUUGGACUCCCGAAGAGCGUCAGGUUUAAUCCUUGGUAUGAAGAUGAAGAUGACGACUUACGACGCCCCACUUGGGCUUACAAGUGGGAUGUGGUUUCCGAGAUGACGAACGAUGUCAAUCUCAUGUACCAAAAGUACAUUGCCGAGUUGGACACGAUUACGCCUGAGCAGGGGAAGUACAACAGAGAUGUCGAGGUAGGGCAAGGAGUCCCUGCUGUUCCGCGCGCCGAGAUCAAGAAAGCAGCUGAUGAGAGAGCCAGUCUAUUCUGGAGAACACACCGGUUGGAAAAGGCAAUGAUGAUGGUUCACUACGAGCAUUCCUCAAGGUCUGGUACACCAUCAGACCCCUCAUCUCACCAUCAGGGGGAUGAUGUGAGUUCCUCAUAUGCUUAUCUGGAUGAUGAGGGUGCGGUCACCCAAGAAGGCCAUGACAUUGAUGGUGACAUGACUUUGGCGGACGCUCAACUUCGGUCCCCAUAUGUGUUCAAGCCUAGGCAGCCCAGACGCCGGUACACGCCCAACGACUUUGACAACAGAGGCAACCCAAAGGUGGUCGUAGGGACCUCGCGGAUGGCUAGCUUGGAUCAUGAGGCGGAGGCGGAAGUGCAGGAAGAGGAGGCUCGUCCACCCGGGAAGAAGAAGAUUGCCUGCAGGCAUGGCACCAGGAACACGCGCGGAAAGCAUUAG